GAUCCAAAUGAGUGGUAUAUAAUUAAAUAUUUAUUAAAUCAUGUUGAGUUUUGCGACAAACAUGAGAGCAAUGCUCACAACAUCAAAACUUUUGAAAUUUGGUUACUGGAAGCAGUCAGAUUGUAAUAUCAUGGGUAAGCACUACAUUUUCACCAAGCAAGCUCUGGGAAUAGAUAAAUUUUUGGAGAAGAAAAAUGAAAUCAUCAAGCAGUCAUCUGAAGAAGAGACUCUAAGGUUCCAGACAAAAAUGCGUGAGCUGUUGGCGCAGAGCGGCCACAAGCUGAUGCUUGUGUUCAAACAGGACCUCGAGAAAGCCAUCUACGUGUGCCAGGACAAGGAGGAGGACAUACAACUUGUGCAGCAUCUCGCAUGCAAGUACGCGAAGCAGAACGCGAAACUUCGCUUUGGUUCGUUCACGUUUGGCGCGGUGCUCAUGAGGAUGUGUUAUGUGCUCAACAAGCCUGACGUCGCCAUGCAG